AUGGAAAAAAAAUAUAAAAUACUCAAAACCCAAGUUUACUCUUUCUUGUCGGAUAAAAAAAUUAUCUCAUAUAAUCAACAAAAAAGAGAAAAAAAUCAAACUUUAUAUAAUCAAAAACGGAAAAUCAAAAAAAAAAUAAAAAAUCAAAAAACCCAAGAUGCGAGUGCCGUUCUCUUGUGGAAAAAAUACAUGUUGAGUAAGAAUCUAACAUGA